AGCCUUUCGAUGGGUCAUCUUGUUUUCUGUGUAUUCGUUGUUUGUAUGUUGAGGUCGUCGGCUUGUGGGCGCAGUGAUGUGCUCGAGCUCAAAGACUCGGACUUCGAUUACCUCGCUCCCGAGCACGAGACCCUGCUGGUGAAGUUUUAUGCACCUUGGUGUGGCCAUUGUAAGAAACUUGCCCCAGAGUUUGAAAGUGCUGCUAAUCGACUGAAGGGAACAGUAACACUAGCUAAGGUGGACUGUACUGCUAAUACAGAGACCUGUAAGAAAUAUGGGGUCACUGGAUACCCAACACUCAAAAUAUUCCGGAACGGACAGGAAUCGUCAUCGUAUGAUGGGCCACGUUCAGCUGAUGGAAUUGUGAGCCAUAUGAAGAAACAUGCAGGACCUGACUCUCUGCCUCUACACAGUGAAUAUGAUCUGGAAAACUUUAUCAGCAACUUCGAUGCCAGCAUAGUUGGGUUUUUCUCAGGGAGUGACAGCUCUCAACUGGCUGAGUUUCUCAAAGGAGCCAAUUUAAUGAGAGGCAGCUUCCGCUUCGCUCACACCAUAGACCUCCAACUGGGGCACAAAUAUGACGUCAAAUACGAGUCUGUGCUUCUGUUCAGACCCCCCAGACUGAACAGCACGUUUGAGGACACUGUAGUGCACCAAACAGGACCCAUGUCCAUCACGGGCCUGCGACGCUUCAUCAGAGAUAACAUAUUUGGAAUCUGUCCCCACCUGACCAAAGAAAAUAAGGAUUCUUUGAGGAAGAGGGAUUUGUUGACUGCAUACUACGACCUGGAUUACCUUCGCAAUCCAAAAGGCUCCAACUACUGGAGAAACAGAGUGUUGAAGAUUGCGUCCAAGUUCAGUUCCUGGGGUCUGUUGUUCUCAGUUGCCAAUCGUCAUGACUUUAUUGAAGAGCUUGGAGAUGAAUUCGGUCUGGGCACGUCGGAUGGAACUGAACUGCCAUUCGUCACCAUCAGAACACGAACGGGACAGAAAUACACCAUGAGGGAGGAGUUUACACGAGAUGGGAAGUCUUUAGAGAGUUUUCUAGAAGACUACUUUGCUGGGCGACUAAAACAAUACACUAAAUCAGAGCCAGUGCCUGCCAAAAACAAUGGACCGGUCAAGGUGGUUGUGGCAGAUACAUUUGAAGAGAUUGUGAAUGAUCCAGAGAAAGACUUGCUUAUUGAGUUUUAUGCUCCAUGGUGUGGCCACUGCAAAAAACUGGAGCCCAAAUAUGAAGAGCUUGGACAACAGCUGUACAGUGAUCCCAAUAUUGUAAUCGCCAAGAUGGACGCGACAGCCAAUGAUGUCCCGCAGGGCUAUGAUGUGCAAGGUUUUCCAACAAUAUAUUUCGCCCCUGCUGGACGGAAGAAUGAGCCAAAACGAUAUGAGGGAGCUCGUGAAGUAAAAGAUUUCAUCAAAUUUCUGAAACGUGAAGCAUCCAAGCCCCUGGUGCUCAAUGGUGUAAAGGAGGAAUUAUAAAAGCAUUUGAAAAUGAUUUGUUGCAGGAUGUAGAGGAAAAAUGAAUUCAGUCCGAUUCUGCUGAGCUCCAGUUCAAAAUGCAGUUUUAAAAGUUCAGCGAUACAAAAGUAAAAAGACAAAGUAACAUUACAAAAAAUAUAUUUAUACUGGCCACAUAAAU